AUGUGUGUGCCACCACUACAAUCAGACUGAAUAAACUGAAACACAGGUGUAUCCCACUUAAAACAAACUGAAACAGAAACACAUUUUCAAUAUAACAGACUGAAAUAGAAACUGAAACAGAAACAAGUUUGAUGCUACAUUUGCAAUAUAAAAAGGACUAACCAUUGUAAAUAUUAUACACAUAGUGAAUGUUGAUUGUGAGAGUAUUGAUUGUAACAAUGUUGUUGAAUUAUAAGUUGGUGGUUGUUUUGGUGAUUUGUUUCUUGGUUCUAGUUACAGCUCAACCCCCCAUACAUUUUUAUAAACUCAGUCUCCAAUGGCCUCUUGCUGUGUGUAAUUCCGGCAGCAUGGCUUGUGGUACUCCCAUCCCGACUGUCUUAACCAUCCACGGUAUAUGGCCUCAAGAUGCCAACGACGUUCCGAUUCCCCCUUACAACGCAGCCACUAAUCCCUGUUACUCCCAGGCACCCAUUACUGACCCACUAGUUCUUGAGACUACUGCAUUUACUCCAAUUGAAAGCAACUUAAUAUCAUUAUGGCCGGACCUGAAGAACCCUACUAAACCGGGUACUGGCUUUUGGGAGACUGAAUGGUUAAAGCAUGGAACAUGUUCUGAUUACCCUAAUAAUCCUCUUGAUUACUUCAAAUCUGCCUUAACGCUUAGACAAGGCUUAACAAAUCCAGCUACGGGACUUACACCAGGAAACCGUUAUAUGGUUCAAGAUGUUAUAAAAAUAAUUCAGAGCCAUACAAAAGCAUCACCUGAAAUUGCUUGUAACAGAAACAAAACUGGAGGACUGCAACUGUGGGAGAUUCGUUUGUGUUACGCUCGACCGACUUUGUCUUCCCAAAUGAUUACAAAGAUUCAAAACUGCCCACAUCGAUUGCCAUUUAAAAAUGGUAAAACUACAGGUCCCUGCAAAUUGUUGACAGAUUUUGUAGUUUUUCCCAUAUAA